GUUCGGUUAGAAAUUAUAAUAAUGCUUACAAACUUAGUGAUUUGUUAGUUUUGGUUAGUUUUGGUUAGUCGUUUAAUAUGUGACAUCAGCUUCGCGGGGAAGAACGCCAACUCUACUAAGCAUUCCAUGCAGCAUUCCGCCUACCUAAAGAACGUAAUUGAGAGACAGGCCCAAAAAUAUCAACCCGUCUAAAAGAAUAUGAAGGCGCCUUAAGGGUACGUGUCGGCCACCAUGGACGACAUAGAUAUACCGGACGAAGACAUUUCGCUUGCAGUAGCGCAAAAACUCGGAAUUCCCAACGCUGUAGACCUCAUCGACUGCACUCUGAUGCCGUUCACCGAGAAAAUCGGAUUAUUGGGUGAUCACGCUUUCCUGGAGGCGACGGUUCUCGACGAGUCCACCGGGUCGAAAACUACAGCCCGCUUCUUCGUAAAAUACUUCCCCAAGACCGAAAACCAAGCCAGAUUCGCAGAGCAAAUUGGUGCUUUUAAAAAAGAGGAGUUCGCUUACGAGAUCUUCUCGAAGUUCGCCGAUCAUGGCGUAUCCGUCAUCACCAAAUGCACCCCGACCUGUCACUUGGCCAAAUCCAACCGUUACCUCUUUCUCGACGACCUGGAGGAGCAAGGUUUCACCCCUGUCUCCAAACACCAGUAUUUAGAUUACGACAGUGUCCUAGUAAUCCUCCAUUCUUUAUCCCAGCUGCACGCCAGCAGCAUCAUAUUCGAGGAACGAAAAUCACAACAAUUACGUACCGAGUACCGGCUAAAUCGAGAGUAUCCGGACGGCUUCGACGAGAGUUUCUUCGACGACGUGGUGAACAAGAGAGGCGUCGACGCUUCCAUAAAAUGCGUCUUGAGGGAAAUCGACAUGUUCGAGUUCCCCGAGGAAUUGUUUCCGGCGGGAAACUUUUCACGAGCUGCCGCGAAAGUUUUACAGAAAAUUUUUGACCUGGUGAAGCCGUCUCCGCGGCACAGAAACGUACUCUGUCACGGAGAUUUGUGGUCGAACAAUUUCCUCGUGAAGUUCAACCACGACCGGCCGGAAAAGUGCAAGUUCGUCGACUUCCAAAGCGCGAGAUACGUCCCGCCCGCUCACGACGUUUUGUCCGUCAUUUAUCUAACGACUUCGAGGCGAUUUCGCGAUGCCAACAUGUACCAGAUGAUCGGUAUGUACUACAGCUACCUCGAAAAGCACGUGAAGGCUGGGGGUUUCGAUUUGGCAAGCGUCGUACCGUUCGUCGAGUUCAUGGAAAGUUGCGAGGAGCAGAAGGUGUUCGCUAUCCUUCAAGCCGCCAUUUAUUUUCCGCUCAUUCUGAUGAGGAACGACUGUUUGGAGAAGUAUUUCGCCGAUCCGGAUUUAUACGAAGAGGUGUUUUUCAACGAUAGAUCUCAGCUGGUUGUGGAUUACGUGGAUCAGGACGAGAUGUACCGCGAGAGAUUGAAAGAAUCCAUACAAGAUCUAAAGGAGUGUUGUGAAACUGUCGCUCACAUUAGAUAGAGCUUCAGAAAACGGUUAGUUUAGAAAGUAGUGGCUGAAUCAAAAGUUUCCAUCUACGAUUUGGUUGCUCUUGUCUAUAACGGCGUUUUACUAUUAUUUGGGGUUAUGUUAUAUUUUUGAAAGCAUUUUAUUAAGUUUUUUAAUUGGCAAUGGGUGAUAUGUGCCUGAUUUAUGAUAAAUUCUAUUCUAGUCAGUCUAAGGUGGAUUUAAUGUUUGAAUGCAAAAACUGUUUCCCGUUUCCAGUGUUUUUGUAUUAUUUCAAUUGUCACUCUGAUACAGGCUAAUCAAAUAGUGUGACAUUUAUUCAUAUGGAACCCUCUAUAUUUUAGCACAUUUUCAACUACCCCUUUAAAAGACGGAUCCAAUGAUAUAAAUAUCUAUUUAUCGGCCUCUACGUUGUUACGUUGCAUAUUAACUUUUAAAACACUUCUCUGCGAAACAUUUUAGAAAAUAAUAUUUUUUCUGAGACAAUAUUCAAAAUUGAAAUGUUAUAUCAAUUACGCGAUGUUUCGCAUAAUGUUACUUCUCUCAAUUUCUUAAAAUCAAACACCCUGUAUAUUUAUACAUCAUUCAUGUAUCUAUAAUCAUUUAUUUAAA